AUGAUGGCUGUGCUCUCGAUAAUCGAUUUCAACAAACCCAUGACGGUCCUACUUGACCUUCCUGUCGAGUUGAUACUCCAUAUCGCGUCCUCUGUCAGUCAUCUCUCUGUUAUUGACCCUGAUGCUCGUCUACCGCAACACAGGUCGAUCUACUAUCCCCUCAAGCGCUUGGAACCAAGGCUAGCGUUGUUACCCGACCUCGCUUCAAUCAACGCGUUAUCCAGAACUUGCAAGUCUCUGGAUAGUAUCGUGAACCCGCUUCUGUACGACAUCUGCUCAAAGAACGAGACACUCGGUCCACUCUCUGUUCUCUUUGCCGUUGAGCACCAAUUAGAAGACGUUCUGGACAAACUCAGUGCUGCUGGAGUGGACUUAGACUUCGAGGUCGUCUUCAAAGAUGAUAUAUAUGGCCUCCUGCAUGUAGCGGCAUCUUUGGGAGAUGUUGGAAUGGUCCAGAAAUUGUUGGAUGUCUACGGAGAGCGCAGGCAAACGUGGGCUUACGGACGACUGGGCUUGGACUCCAAUAAGACCGCCCUCGAUCUGGCUGUUGAGUAUGGUUACAGUGAUGUCGUACGGGUGUUGGCCGCAAUACUUCCACCCUCUGCUCCUAUUCCUCUCCGGGUGGCUCCAGGACGUAAUGACCGUUCGCCCCUCUUCGCAAACCACAAUGGGGUGAUCCAGCGAACCGGAAGUGGAGCCGAGACAAGGCGUAUGUACAUCGGACGGGCCUUCUCCACAGCUGCAAGAGGCUCUCUUGAAAUCAUCGGAGCUCUGGAAUUCCUUGGAGCUCAUGAAGAUUGCGACGUUGAUUAUUGCGAGGACAAUGAUUACAACUACCUCUACCCUCCUCUUUUACAGGCCAUGUUCAAAACGGACUUCGAGCCCUCCAUCAUAGGACUGCUCUUGCAACUUGGAGCAAACCCCAACUUCCGGAGACUCAACGAUGUGUCUCCUCUUCACGUCGCUGUGGCCGACUCCAGGUCUCUAGAACUUGUCAAGCUUUUACUCGACGCUGGUGCCGACAUAAAUGCACCAGGCAUUUUCGGAAGCACCGCGCUGCUUGAUUCACUACGGCCUCGCAAUGGCGAUCCUCUGAACGAAAUCGUCCAACUCCUCCUUGAACGCGGGGCCGAUCCCACCACUGCUGAUAACCGUGGUGAAACGCCCCUACACAAAGUGUUCAAACUGGAUAAUAGAAACGUUAUCGAGGAUUUGGUGGAGAAAUUACUAUGGUUUGGUGCUGGUUCGACGGUCGAGAAAAAAGAUCAUCAACUGCCUCCGAAUACGCCCAUUGCUCAUGCCAUGCGAACCCACAAUAUUGGGGCGAUCGGGGCAUUCCUUCCUCACAUCAAAAACCAAGAGCUUUGGGAGCAAGUAGUGCAAUGGCUUACUAGUAAUACAUGA